AUGUCUUCACCAUCUUCUUCAAGGACAAUGAGGGCCGUACAGUACGACAAGUACGGCGGAGGAGCCGAGGGCCUCAAGCACGUGGAGGUGCCGGUCCCGUCGCCGAAGAAAGGCGAGCUGCUGGUUCGGGUGGAGGCCGCCAGCAUCAACCCGCUGGACUGGAAGUUCCAGAAGGGCGUUGGGCGGCCCUUCCUGCCCAGCAAGUUCCCCUUCACCCCGAUCUGCGAGCUCGCCGGUGAGGUAGUGGAGUUGGGCGCUGGGGUGAGCGGCUUCAGGCCAGGCGACAAGAUCAUCGCCGUCAACUUUCCGGGUAGCGGCGGCCCGGCCGAGUACGCCGUGGUGUCGGCAUCGAACGCGGCGUUGAGGCCGCCGGAAGUGUCGGCGAUUGAAGGCGCGUGCAUUCCUAUCGCGGCAGCCACCGCGCUCAUGGCGCUCAGGACGGCCGGGGUCGGCCUCGACGCCGGCGACGGCCCCGCCAAGAACGUGCUGGUCACCGCGGCCUCCGGCGGCGUCGGCACAUUCGCCGUGCAGCUGGCUAGCCUCGCGGGACACCACCACGUCACGGCUACCUGUGGCGCGCGCAACCUGGACCUCGUUCGGGGCCUCGGCGCCGACGAGGCGCUAGACUAUGGCACCUCGGAGGGCACCGCGCUGCGUGGGCCGUCCGGACGGAAGCACGAUGCGGUGGUGCACUGCGCGGAGGGGUUCCCAUGGUCGGCGUUCAAGCCGGCGCUGGCGGAUGCAGGUGGCGUGGUGGUGGACCUCACCCCGCGCAUCGCGUCUGUCGCCGUCGCGGUGCUGCACUGGCUGUGCUUCUCCAAGAAGAGGCUGGUGCCGCUGAUCAUGUCGACGAAGAAGCAGGACAUGGACGCACUGCUGGGAAUGGUGGUGCAGGGGAAGAUCCGGGCGGUGGUCGACUCGCGUUACCCGCUGAGCAGGGCGCACGAGGGCUGGGCCAAGAGCAUGAGCGGCCACGCUACCGGUAAGAUAAUCGUGGACAUGGCGGUGCAGCUGGCCAAGCUCGCAGUAACAGCCACCUGCGGCGCGCGCAACCUCGCCUUGGUCCAGGGCCUGGCCGAGGAGUCCGGAGUAAACAGCUCGUUUUUUUUUUAG